AUGCUUCGUGCAAGUGGGUUCUUUAACUUGAAGUAUCUUCGAGUUGUAACUUGUGAUGGUGCCGAAUAUCUUCUUGGAAGACCAGAUAAAUUUCUACAAACUCCACAACAAAGUAUGUCAAGAUCUUUCUGCAACUUAAGUACAUUAAUUGUCGAGAAGUGUACAUUCAAAUAUCUCUUCAACCUCUCCGUUGCGAGAUGCCUAGAGCAACUCCAAGUGCUUGUUGUGGAUGACUGUUCUAAUAUGGAAGUCAUUGUUGAAAUUGAAAGACAAGGAGAUGAUGAAGAAAUUACUUUUCCUCGGUUAACAGAAAUGAUCUUAACUGACCUACCAAACCUUAGAAGCUUCUGUCCAAGUAAGAGGCCUAAUUCAAGAAUAAGGGUGAGCAAUUCUAACCCUGAACAACCUCUUUUCUGUGAGAAGGUUGUGGUCCCUGCAUUGGAGGAAUUGACAAUUUUUCGUUUGGAUAACAUAUCGGAGAUAUGGGACAAAUAAUAUAUACCAAUAAUGAACGAAGGGACAGGGUCCUUCAGUCUGUUACGGUCCCUGUCUGUGAGAC